GUAUCACGGAGGAAGGAAACUUCCUCCGUGGAUGGUAUUCUAGUCACCUUAGCGAUGGUUCCGAGUGUAGAACUGGUCGAACUCUAGAACUUCUAGUACACUCUAGCGAUGGUUUGUUUGUUUCCUGUUGACUGUGUUAUAAUUUGCAAAGCCGGAGAAACUACUGACAGUUCGGCAUGCGAUGAACAUGCUGGCCAUUUUGUUCUUGGGCGUAGCGUCUGAGCUUAGUCGCGAAAAAUGAAGGGAAUGACACUCUCGCUUCUCUCUGGUUUCCUCGCGGCGCUCGCUUCCCUAUGCGGGAAGUUUUCAAUGGCUGGUGGAGAAACUUCAAGCGUUUGUCAAGUUGUCUUCUCGCAUUGGUUGUCUGGUCCGUCAGCUCACUACAUCUGCGAAAAUCUUAUCACGGUGAUACGAGUUGUAUUUUUCUUCCUAAUGAUCGCCUGCAAUGCUGUCAUGUGGACAGUAUUUACAAAGGCAUUGCGACUUUGCACAACCACCUUGGAGGCUGCAGUGACCAACACGGCGUCGAACUUUUUCUUCACCGUGCAUUUCCAAGUGUCAGUGCCAGUCAGCGUCACAAUAACAAUACUGGGAUCGUCAACGUCAUUGCUACGAGCACAUUGUCAUUCAGGAUGGCUGUUUUCGGCCAGACGUUGUUUGGUGAGCAGCUCACACUUCUCUGGUGGCUCGGAACUGGGAUGAUUCUUUUUGGCCUGCUGAUGAUGCACCAAGCAAAUGUGGAGACCGAAGCUAAGCACCCAGUGCAAGGGCUUGUUCGCCAGAAAAUCAGCUGAAUGGGGGAUAUGGGGCACCACUUGUGAUGCAUGGACAGCUGUGUCGAUAACUGAUUUUGCACUGCUUACCGUUUUUUCAUCUUCAACAUUUUUUCUAUAAAAAAUAAUGAUGCCAAUGUGUUCUACUGACGCAUGCAAUGUUUUAGCUAACCUAUAAUUUGAAAUACAGACUGGUGACGUGAAAAGAUGAUAGUCAACUUUGUAUCUGUUAUUAUAAUCUGGAAACUGUAGUAGCCUUUUGUUCUUUUUUUUUUUCAUACUGUGGUACACGUAGAGUUGUAUGGUUCCUCUGGGUCUAGCAUGGGGAUGAAAACUGCUCUGAAACAGUUGUGUUAGAAUUGUUUUGGGCGAUGGUGUAUUUUGAUGUGGCUAAUUUCUUUUUGGGGUGUCGUAUGUACUAAAGAGGUACAAGGAGUGCCAACACAAUAAUUUAAAGUGAAGGUUGAAAACCAUGAAACCCUUACUGACAACACUCUCAGUGUUUUUGGUGAUUUAAUAGAGUAGCUUUAUCAUGGCCAAUUUCAGUCUUGCUUUCCAGGAGUUCACUGUGCCACAAUGUCAUGAUACACAAGCUGGCCUAUAGAAGUAGGACACCUCAAUAUGUUGGCUCUUCCUGUAGCUCACACAGUUGUCUCCUGGUGCUAUUUGUAGUGAGGACUGAUGUAGCAGCAUAGCAGAUGACUGAGCACCACAAUACAGAAUCCUUCAGUGCACCUUUAAGGUAGGUGCUGUAGGAUUUUUAUCAUUUGCCAUCAUAUUUUCGGCCCACUCUACUUUACACUGGCAUCUAGUUAACGAUUAUGUCCACAUUUAGUUGUUACUAGUGCCUAGCAUCAUGUCCUGAUGCCGAAAACAAUUGCUAAGGUUACUUUCAGUAUGUUAACUAAUACGUACUUAAUUCAGCCUAUUAGAAGCUCCUUGUAGUUGAAAUCGGUGUCACAGUGGGGUAAUACACAGUGCAGUGUGCUCACGUUUGUAAUGUCCUCGGUUCAAAUCAUGCAUAUUGUCAGUUUUUUUUUGUUCCUUUGUUGUUCAAUAAAAGGAAAUUUAUAUUAUUCAUCGUUAACAUUACUGCUUCACUAGAACGUAGAAAAUUAAAGCUUCAAAGGACUCAUGAUUAAAAAGAAAAUGUUGUCAGUGCCUGUGGUGGGCACGUUAGUGCUAACCAGUGAUGACCCUUGCUAUGGCAGUAGUGACACUGGAAAAGCAGUUUGAGCACUGAAAGUGCACUGAAAGUGGUUUGAGCACUGAAAAAUGCAAAAUGUCAAAACGAACAAUUAAAAUUCAUUUGCUUGUCCAGUGGUUUACUUUCAUUCCUCGUUUCCUUGUCAGCAUUUUUUUCUGUAAAAUUUUGAAGAAGAAUUGCUUAAAAGCCAGUACUGCUGCACAACAGUGAAAAGAACAUGCUAGUCGGUAUUUGAAAACUUGAUACCACAUCAGUUGACACCAGUUUAGUGUGUCAUUUGAGUUAUGAAGUUUUUAAGUACAUAAGGUCAUGGGCAUGUGACUUAUGUUAAGCACUCCUUUACUGAUGGAAAAAGCUUCCAUUGUUUCUCAAGUGAAUGUCUACAUUUCAGCCAACCUCAGAGUUAUCUUGGACAUUCUUUUGAAACUAUGACUUACUCUUAUAUGCUUGCAAUGUUGUGGUCUCAUGCUGCCUUUAAGUAUGUGUGCUUGAGCCAAUGUUGUAGAUAUGUUAACUAGAAAUCAGUGGCACUCUUGGAUGCUACCAUGUAUUAAAAAAAAAAGUGUCCUGGCUUUACUUUUCAGUAAAGAAAACAUAUGUUUGAUCCAAAUGUUCCAGGUCGGUAAACACAAUUGACUCGUUAUUUAUUUAAAAUGUCUUGUUUAGUUGGCAAUUAUGUGUUGAAAUUUUGUUUUAGCAGGUGAAACAGUAAGACCAGUAGAGUUUGUGGUUGUAUGAAUUCAGAGUAUUUUCUCUCUAGUCUGUACUCACUUUCAAAGUAAAUUAACUGAGGAAAUAACUGGAACUAACUUUUGUGAGAUAAUGAGUCAAUGUGGUUGUCCCUUGUUUUCUAGCACUAACCGAAAAAGCUUGACAGGAAUACCACUGCUUAAA